GGCAUUCAUUGUUUGGCUGGCGAAUGGCGAGACUAUUCGUGUCUAUAAAAUGACUAAGAAGGAUGAUGGCAGCUUCACCUUUGCUGCAUCUUCUGGGGACUUCCCGAAGAAGCACAAGGCUCCUGUCAUUAACAUAGGAAUUGCAGAGACAGGGAAGUUCAUCAUGACGGCUUCCAGUGACACGACCAUCCUGAUAUGGAGCCCAAAGGGUGAAGUCCUGGCCAGCAUUAACACAAACCAGAUGAACAACGCCUACGCUACGGUGUCGCCCUGCGGGAGGUUUGUGGCCUCCUGUGGCUUCACCCCUGACGUGAAGGUGUGGGAGGUGUGUUUUGGCAAGAACGGAGAUUUCCGAGAGGUGGCCAGGGCUUUUGAGUUGAAAGGCCACACCGCGGGCGUCCGUUGCUUCUCGUUCUCUAACGACUCGAGGAGGAUGGUGACUGUUUCGAAGGACAGGACGUGGAAGUUCUGGGACACAGACGUGGAAUAUAAAAAGCAGCAGGACCCGUACCUGCUUCUGACGGGGAAGUGUGACAUGACGGAGCCUUGUCGCAUCGCCCUGUCCCCCGACGCUCGCGUCGUCGCCAUCUCCAGCGGCGCGGACAUUGUCGUGUACAACACGAGGCGAGGGGAGGAGGAGGAGCGCUUCCUCGCCGUGCACGGCCAGCCCAUCGCGGACUUGGCUUUUGACACCAGCAGCCGCUACCUGGUGUCGUGCGGCGACCGGGCCAUCCGAGUCUUCCACAACACCGCCGGUCACCGGGCUGUGGUGGAGGAGAUGGAGGCCUUGCUGAAAAAAACUGGGAACAAAGCCACGCGGGAGAGACUGGAGCAGCAGCUCCGCGUGGCCCGCACA